AUUAUUUGGUGCCUCCAGGGAUUCUGGUAUGUUUGAUAGGAGUAGAUCUUCCAAAUCAAUUUUGUUGUUUAGGCAGAGGCAUGCCAAACAUGGCUUUCUCAUCCGCCACCAUCAAACCGUCAACCCCCUUGCUCCCGAAGCCGUACGCCGCCGCCUCCUCCUCCUCUUUGAACCGCUUGCCCCUGAGACUCACGAAUCGCUCAGCCAAGGCGCAUCCAGUCUUCUGCAGCCUAGCCGCAGGAUCUGUGAAGGAGCGAAUGGCUGCCGCCGGUGAGGCCUCUGAAUUUGGUGCUCUUCGACGUCCCGAUUCGUUCGGACGAUUUGGAAAGUUCGGCGGCAAGUAUGUCCCCGAAACGCUCAUGCACGCGCUGGAUGAGCUCGAGGCUGCCUUCAGGACUCUCUCAAAUGACGAUGCCUUUCAGAAAGAGCUGGAUGGGAUCUUGUGUGACUAUGUUGGGAGAGCAAGCCCUCUUUAUUUUGCAGAACGGCUUACUGAGCACUACAAGCGAUCCAAUGGUGAAGGGCCACACAUAUACCUGAAGAGGGAAGAUCUGAACCACACCGGAGCACACAAAAUCAACAAUGCCGUUGCCCAAGCCUUGCUUGCAAAGCACUUGGGCAAGAAACGCAUUAUAGCAGAAACUGGAGCUGGUCAGCAUGGUGUUGCCACUGCAACCGUUUGUGCUCGCUUUGGCUUGCAGUGUGUAAUUUAUAUGGGUGCUCAGGAUAUGGAGAGACAAUCAUUGAAUGUCUUCAGGAUGCGUCUUCUUGGUGCUGAGGUUAGACCGGUCCAUUCUGGAACGGCAACACUAAAGGAUGCUACAUCAGAAGCAAUUCGGGAUUGGGUUACCAAUGUCGAAACGACUCAUUACAUCUUGGGAUCUGUUGCCGGGCCCCACCCAUACCCAAUGAUGGUUAGAGACUUCCAUGCAGUGAUAGGCAAAGAAACAAGAAAGCAAGCAUUGGAGAAAUGGGGUGGAAAGCCUGAUGUGCUUGUUGCUUGUGUUGGCGGAGGUUCAAAUGCUAUGGGUCUGUUUCAUGAGUUUGUUGAUGACAAAGAUGUGAGAUUGAUUGGGGUGGAGGCUGCAGGUUUUGGUCUUGAUAGUGGUAAACAUGCUGCUACUUUAACAAAGGGUGAGGUUGGAGUGCUACAUGGAGCUAUGAGCUAUCUGCUUCAGGAUGAUGAUGGGCAGAUAGUUGAGCCCCAUUCCAUCAGUGCUGGGUUGGAUUAUCCUGGAGUAGGGCCUGAGCAUAGCUUUCUUAAGGACCUCAAACGAGCUGAGUAUCAUAGCAUUACUGAUGAAGAAGCUUUAGAAGCAUUUACAAGGUUGUCUCGGUUAGAGGGCAUUAUUCCCGCAUUGGAGACAUCACAUGCUUUGGCUUAUUUGGAGAAACUUUGCCCGACUCUGCCGGACGGGGCUAAGGUUGUGCUGAACUGCAGUGGCAGAGGGGAUAAGGAUGUUCACACUGCUAUAAAACACCUGAAGGUUUGAGAAAAGGGUUAUGUAUGUUAUUUUUGAGAUGACUUGUUAUAUGUAGUAGAAAUAUACUUGAGAAGAGUACUUAUUCCCCAUCAAUAAAGAGUCAUGUUCUAUUUAAUACUCCUUUUCAAAUAGUGUAAUUUAUACUUUUUAUUUCUAUACUAAUCUGUAGUUAAAAUGGUUU